AUGAAAGUUGAACCCUCUGUGUAUGAAGAAGAAGUGAAAGAACUUGUAUGGGUUAAUGCUAUGAAUGCUGAAAUGAAUUCCAUUCAUAAGAAUAAUACUUGGGAAUUAGUUCCACUUCCCAAAGGCAAGCAGGUGAUUGGUGUGAAAUGGAUUUAUAAAGUCAAAUAUCAUGCAAAUGGUUCAGUAGAACUCCAUAAGGCAAUACUAGUUGCCAAAGGGUUUGCACAAACUCUCGGAGUGGAUUAUGCAGAAACUUUUGCUCCUGUGACUCGACUUGACACAGUCAAUAUUAUAUUGGCUAUUGCAGCAUAA